UGCAAGUUGGACUCGAGUCGAAGACUGAUGAUGUUUUGUAAGUCUGCAGUUGGGUUUAUAUAGAACGAGCAACGUGGACAGCCAGAAACAGAAAAUGGGGAAGUUAUCAAAGACACACAAAAAUGACCAACAACCAGAAAAAACAAAAUAAUAACCUUCACGACGACUCAGCAUAACCCCAAACCAAAGCAAACCGAAGUUCAGGCCCGAAGUCAACUUGUUUGAAUUCAAUCGUGAUGUCUGCCAUUAUUUCCGACUACUGCAGCUCUCGACGCAAACUCAAUCAAAAACAUAAAACGCAGGCGCGGCUGCUGCUGCCGUCUUAUCAAAGUCUGAUUCAAGGUGGACGACCUGAUAUCGCCUACAUUGAACCCUCAGACCAGCCAGCUGCUAUAAAAGCAUUUCGCGCAGAAUCCAACAGCAUCAGUUAACAACGUCAGCUUCUACGCAAAACAACAAAAUCAAUCUCAACAUGUUCAAAUUCGUCGCUAUUGUUGCUCUGCUGUUUGCCUCCGCCAGCGCUGGUCUGAUUGAGACCCAUUCUGUGAUUCAUGAGCCCGUUCUGGCCAAAGUGGGCACCGUUGUGCACAGUGCACCCUCGGCUGUCUCCCACCAGAGCAUCACCCAGGUGCACAGUAAACCAGUCAUCCAGCAUGUCGUCGCUCCCGUUCUGAAGACAACCAUUCAUGCCGCACCUGCCGUUGCUGUCCAUGCUGCUCCUGUCCUCCACCAUGCUCCAGUUGUCCAUGCUGUCCAUGCUGCUCCAGUUGUCCAUGCUGUCCACGCUGCUCCAGUUGUUCAUGCUGUCCAUGCUGCUCCUUUGGCCUACUCUCUGCAUCAUUAGAAUUGAAAUUAACUUAUUUUGU